AUGACUGCUGAGCACGCCAGAGAGCAGCUAGUAUACUCGCAAGGCCACUGCCAUGGUCUACCAUCUCUGGACGACAAUAUCCGAGGCUUAUCAGCCAUUGUCGUCGGUGCAAGUGGCAUGUCUGGACAGUCUAUGGUCGAUAUACUCGUACAGACUCCGACACGAUGGAAUAAGAUCUUUGCUCUUUGCCGACGACCGCCGAAGGCCACUGCCGAGUCGGUGAAGCAUGUUCCAAUGGACCUCUUGAAGACGCCCGAAGAUAAUGCAGCUACACUUUCCGAGCAUAGUGUGCGGGCAGACGUUGUAUUCUUCUUUGGCUAUGUACAGCUAAGUGCCGAAGAGCGCAAGUACAGCGGAGCGAGCGAAGAUAGUGCGCAGAAGCUGGCAGACGUUAACGAGAGCUGCUCAGGCAAGAUCUUCAAAAGCUUCUUGACAGCUUUAGAUCUUGCAUCUAUCAGACCGAAGCGGAUUCUUCUACAGACAGGCUUGAAGAACUAUCAGGGUCAUCAAGGUCCAGCAAAGGUACCAUUCGAUGAAGCUGAUCCACGAAUUAAUCUGGGACCACUCUUCUACUUCGACCAGGAAGACAUCCUGUUCGAGCACUGUCGUACCCAUCAUAGCACAUCCUACAAUGUCACCAUGCCUUCUUGGAUCAUUGGUGCCGUAGAGGCUUCUGACAUGACGACCAUAUAUCCCUUGGCGGUAUAUGCAUCCGUUCAGCGUCAACUCGGCCAGCUGUUGGCUUUUCCAGGAGAUACUGCAGCCUGGGAGAAGAUCAUGCCGAUGUCAUCCGCAGUACUGAACUCGUUGUUUCAUGAAUGGGUCGUCCUGACAGAUAAUACUGCCAAUCAGCGCUUCAACAUCGUGGAUGGGUCGGAAUUUACAUGGAUGGCUGCCUGGCCACGGAUUGCGGAGUGGUUUGGCAUCGAGUGGUCCCCGCCACAAGAGGAUGAGAGCCUAUAUCGGACUGUCGAGAUGCCUGUCAGGCCACGAGGAUAUGGACCUAAAGGACGCUGUCGUUCGAGCUUCGAUCUUAUAGAGUGGUCUCAACGUCCGCACACCCGGGCAGCGUGGAAGACAAUCAAGGAAGAACAUGAGCUCAAGAGCGAGCCGCUUGCCGGCCCGGGUGGCAUGUUUGCAGCGUUACAAUUCUCACUCACUACGUCAUGGUCGUGGGCCACCAAAAUGGACAAAGCCAGGAAGUACGGCUGGCACGGCUUCGUGGACAGCGCUGAAUCGCUGCAUGGUGUGAUGGUGGAGCUCGCUAAGCAGCGAAUGUUGCCGCCGAUAUAA